GAGCCACGCGCUUUCUUGUUGCGAAGAUCCUUGCGAACGAGAAGGAAUACAAGUAUUUCGUUGUCGACAUCAACUAAGACAUACUGUGAGCAAGACUAUGGCUGGCCUGGUUACUAAUAUUGACACUUUGCUGACAUUCGUCCUCGUGUAUAUUCUAAAGAUCGACCACCGCCGGGAUACGAGACGUCAUUCACUAGGUUAUGCCAGACCCAUGCAUUAUUUCUGACGCGAAUGCUCCUGUCAGAGAAUGCAAGGUAUAUGUGCUCGUUCAGCAGCCUUUCCCCGCCAUCCACCAGUCCUCGCAUGGUACCAGAGUAUUUUUCGCACCCCUGACGACGGGGAUAUCGUCUUCGCUGUCUAUGGACCUCAAUUUGCGAAAGUGUCGAGCGAAGACUCCCGACGGACCAGUACGCAGGCUAUACAGUCUGCCCCAUGCUGUGCAGUACGCCCGAUCAAUGUUCGUCGCUGUCAUAGAAGACCUUGCUGCAAAGCCCGGCGCAAUUAUCGUCUCUAGUGAAGCUUCGAUGCCAACCUCGUUCGACAAGCUAUGCAUUCCACGUAAGAUCAGGUGGGAGGCCGCUUGGAUUAUCAACGCGGAACGACCGUCUUGGGACAUGCUUACGCAAGAAUCUCGCUCGUGGGGAGCGAGAGCAAGUACCAUUACCGCGUACCAGCGCUGCUGAGCAAGUGGUGUGAGGCGCAUGACUGGCAGUGCGGAAAGAUCCAGCACGCAUUCCGUCUCCGGCUCUCGCUUCACUGGCUCGCGGCUCUGCGCCGAUGCACUUCAUUUU